AGCAUGCAGCAGAGGGGCGGGGAGCGGCUGGAGAGACACCAGCAGAGAGCCGAGCUGCCUACAUGCUUAUUGUGUAAAUCUUUAAAAAGCAAUUAGACGCAGCAUCGUCGAAACGGUCCCCCCCGCGGUCGAGUCACAGACGUGUUAUAUUGGUUUGCAGGCUGUUCAACAUAAGCAGGCGCCUUCAAGCCCCGUCGUCCCCAGCCAUGACUGACAGAAAAGCUGUGAUCAAGAACGCCGACAUGUCCGAGGACAUGCAGCAGGACGCCGUGGACUGUGCCACGCAGGCGAUGGAGAAGUACAACAUAGAGAAGGACAUCGCGGCGUACAUCAAGAAGGAGUUUGACAAGAAGUACAACCCGACCUGGCACUGCAUCGUUGGUAGGAACUUUGGCAGCUACGUCACCCACGAGACAAAGCACUUCAUUUACUUCUACUUGGGCCAAGUGGCCAUUUUGCUCUUCAAGUCUGGCUGAGAUGCUUCUGAUGACGGCGUUGAGAAGUUCUUCUCCCCGAAGAUCUGUCGGAAAAUGCACUGGUGGCUCCCGUCUCCCAUACACUAAUACCAACAUACCAUAAUGAUGCAAACCUGGCCGUGCGCAAUUGCAUGGACUAUACACUACUAAAUAUGUACACUAAAGUAAAUUUACUUUUCCACAGUUGCCAUUCGACUGCAACUCAAGCAGAUUUUGUUGACGCGGUUAAAUUUUAGGUUGUAAAAAGAUUUCGACGUGGCCCAUGAUUGUAUGAUAGAGGAAAGCUGUAGAAUGUAGUGGAGCAUCUGCUUUCCUUCACACGUGGCAUCGCCUGCCCCUGCUAUGAGAUUCCAUCUGUCGGUUUAGAUGGUGAAAUCAUACACGCGUGCACCACUUUCACAGUUAAUCAUGGCGGUUCCAAUGCGUGAUCAUGAAACAAAUUUGGUUAAAUUGUCAGACUUCUGUUUCUACAUCAGAAAACCUACUGUAACUUGAUAGCAUGAGUUUAGUUUAGUAAUCUUACUGAUUUAAAGGAACUGUGUUGUCUGGAGAUUUAUGUGUAUAUAAAUAUAUAUAAGAUCUUUUUUUUUUUUUUUUUUUUUUUUUAGUCCUCAACAGUGAAAGAAUGAAAUUUAGGCAGUCGCUCUCAGAAGGACGUUACUCACACAACCAACACGAGCUGGUGUAAGCAUUUCCAAGGGGUGUUUAGUUUGUCACUGUGAGGCUGGAAAAGGCUGACUGAAGCUCGCACACAUGGACCUUAACCUGUAACGUCAGACCACAGACUAGUUACCAAAAUGUCCCAGCUUUUAUAGUCCUGUGUUUCUGCAUGUUUGGAGGACAGUAACUACGGUACACAGACUAGACAACAGACAGGCUUGUCUUGAAGCUAAAUAAUUUAUAUUAUUUGACAUUAAAUGUUCUAUUUGUAGAUGAACUGAGCCUAAAUCUCUACCGUACCAUUAUUAAGCAACACUAUGAAGCUGAUUUGUGUUUUUUUUUCUUUAACUCCUCAAAGACUAAAAACAUUGCUGUGUUUGUGAGGGUUUAGUUGUUUUAUUUGGCUCGGGGCCGUAUCUCCAAACCUUUUCCUUCUAAAUGUGCAGGAAAUCCAACACGUUUUAUAGCUGAGACUUCACACAGCAGUCGCAAGGAGGUGUUUCUCUUGUCAAGCACACUGAGUUUUGUGUUUUCGUUUUGUCACGUCCUUAUAAUGAGUUUGUAGGGAAACGCACAGUGUCUGGAUUCGGCUCACGCUGAGGGCAGAUUUGAGAGAUUCGGUCCCAGAGUCGGACGCCGCCGCCCAUUUCUUGCUGUGUUUAAAGGCUGAAUGUUCGCUGCGUUAUUCUGCCCCAUAUUCCAGCUAUGGGUGAACCGUGUAUCUCUCCAGUGUUAGUUUAGAUUGUGUUUGAGGGACGUCUUCCUAACUAUAUUGUCAAUGUGAACUGAUUUGAGUAUUGUUUUUUUCCUGGCAUGUAUUUCCGCUGUGUAUGUGUAGGAGCUGUUCCAAUGCCGUUUAAUUGACACAAAACGUGUGCCUGUCAUUGCUCUCAACUGUAACCGGCUUGAUUACAAUUGCACUUCAUUAGAAUUAUCCGGUAGGUUGCUACAGAACCAAAAUCGUGUAAACGCGAUGAAAUAAAAUUUAACUGUUGACUUAUUA